AUGGAUUAUACGGAAAAAAAUAAUAUUUAUCAUGAUCCUUAUGAAGGCACUGAAAUAAAAUCAAACAAUUACAUUUUAGAAAAAUUGUUGAAUCAUGGUGAAAGAGAAUAUGAAUGUGUUCAAUCUGAUCAACUACGUUCAUAUUAUUCUUUAUAUAUUAAACCAAAUAUAGUACCAACUUCAUCUAAUACAACUGUUUCGAGCUGUUCGUCUUCAACAUGUAUUGGGCAAGAAACUGCAUAUCGUUCAUCGAUAGUUACUGCUCUCUAUCCUUUUGAUGGAAACACGAAUGAUCAGAGUGGAUAUUAUACAGGAACGGGAUUUGGUACGUCUAUACCCUCUUAUUCAACAGUAGCUUAUAUAAGUCAGUCAAUAGUUUUAAGUCCGAAUUCACAACGAUAUGUUCAAAUUCCAAAUAUAAAUUUGUCUAAAGAAAGUUUUACGCUACAAACAUGGCUUCGUCCAGGAACUAUCAAUACGUCAACUGAUUUUGUUACUUCGAAUGAAUGGACUGAUGUAACAGUUGUUUAUGAUGCCACUCUAUAUCAACAACAAAUCUAUGUUGAUGGCGUUUCAUUAAGUUCAACAAUAAUUGGAAGAACUUCAUCAUUGGCUUAUGGAACUGCAUAUUUUCAAGGACGGAUAGAUCAUUUUACAAUAACAGCCGGUGUUGCUCGAAGUUCUUGUCAAAUUUCUAAUGAUGCAUCAUUAAUAGUAUAUUAUCCAUUUGAUACAACUGGAACAUAUAAUGAUUAUAGUGUUAAUCUUUGUAAUGGUUAUGCAUAUAGUACGACAAUAAUAUCAUCAGGUCGUGUUAAUCAAGCUAUCUCUUUUACAUCAAGUACAAGUUAUUUUGAAUCACAAUGUUUUCCAAGAAUGCGUGGCAAUGAGCAAUCAUUUUCAUUUUCACUUUGGGUUAAUCCAAAUUCUACUACAAGUGGUGGUACAUUAGUACAUUUAUCUACGAAUUCCAAUGCUAAUGGAACUUGUUAUGAUCUUCUUGUUUUUACAAGUACUGGAUAUUUAAUAUGUCAAUGGAUGACAACAACUCCAAGUGUUAGUAGUGCUCAAGGUCCUGUGAUACCAGCAUAUACAUGGACUCAUAUAGCUGUUGUAUAUAGUUCUACAAAUGGUGUACGUCUUUUUAUUAAUGGACAAUUUAGUACUUCAUCAUCAUACGCUGCAUCUCUUUAUUUAUAUAAUAGUAAUGUUCCAUUGUAUAUUACAUUAGGCAAUCAGAGUCCAUUGGGAUCAUCAGCACCGCUGAGUUGUCUAAGUGGUUCUAUAUCUAUUUCAUCAGGAUCUUUUUUAGGUUCUAUUGAUGAAUUUCGAAUUUACAAUCGACAAUUAAGUAAUCAUGAAAUAUGUGUACUUGCUAAUAUGUAA